AUGGUGCAGUGAGUGAAGCCUUCCAAAAAGAUCAGGCGAGUCCUCCCUCACUCGCUCUACAUUCUCUACAGCGCCGAUGCUGCCCUGCUGCCAGACUCUAUCCAGAGCAGUGCACAAUUCUACGCUCAUUUGGAAGAACAGCUUGAAGGUUUAUUAUCAGAUCAAAGAGCUUGGGUGUCCAAUCUUUCAAACGCCUCAUCGCUCAUCUAUUUCAGUCUAAAUGCCUGGAAGUCCUCUCCCAAAUCUCAAUCGGUGCACGUCAAUGGCAGCAGUAAUGGCAACAGCGCCAGCAGCAACGGCCAUGGAAACUUUGCGCCCAAGAAAAUCAAUUGGGCCGGCUUUUACCUCCUCUCGCCCUUGAUACCUGGCGCGGCCACGCAAAAGAGACCUACGCUGCUACUUGGUCCUUUUGUCGGUCUGCCAGCUUGUCAAGCCAUCCCUAGCAUCGCUGGCAAAGGUGUGUGUGCAGAUGCUAGCGCCAUCUUGCCUCCUCGGACAGUCAGGGUACAAGACACUGACGCUUAUCGUGAGUUGCUCUCAGAGGGAUACCGCAUGCAACCUCGGCCUCUAGCUCAGCUCAUAUGGCUGACUUGAUUCUGUACGCGACCCAUUCAUCUUAGCGGGUCAUAUCGCCUGUGACAGCGCAUCCAAAUCAGAAAUAGUUCUGCCCCUCGUUAUUCCCCGUUCAGCCCUCUCUGGCCACUCUUUGGAGGACAGGGCGGAUCAGUGGGGAGCGUCUAGAGUGAACACAAAAAGUGACGACGAUAUCAUCAUCGGCGUGCUGGACAUCGACUGCGAAGAAUUGGACGGAUUCGACGAGGAGGACCAGAAGGGCUUGGAAAGGAUCGCGACGCUCAUCGCUAGAUCCAGCGACUGGUGA